AUGGCGCUGGUGUACAUGUUUCUGGUCUCUAGCGGGCUCUUGAUGGUUGUUCAUUGUCAAAACCAAGACUCAGUUAUUGCAUUCCAGACCAUCAGUAGUUGUAAAAACGGGUCAAAUCCCAGCGAUAUAGUAGAGUAUUUUAAUGCUGCUACUUUAUCUUGUGUGAAAUGUGGAGCAAACUUCACUGUUCAACAAAAGAGCGCAGACGGUUUGGCGUGUGUAUGCAAAGAAGGGUAUCGUUAUGUGAGCAAUUUUGGAGGCAGUCAAGUUAUGUGCGAGCGUUGUCCAGGGGCUGUGUCUGAUGAUGGAUGGGAAUGUGUUUCCUGUGCAGCAAGUGCCAACAGCACCAGUACAGGACAGUGCAGUGUUUGUCCCUCGGACGCAGUCUCAGCACUGCGACAGCUGAAUGGCAAUUACGUCAGCGGCACAUCGCCACCUGAGGUCACAUGUUUGACUUGCAAUGCAAGUACCCAGCCAAAUGCUAAGGGUGAUCGGUGUGAGCGGUGCAGUGUAACACUAAGCAUAAGAAACGCAACAUGCUCGUGUACCUCAACAGAGUCCAAGGCAAAAGGAAUUUGUUUCUCAACAUCCAGCACAGGCGGUGAGGCACCAGUUUUGCCGCCUGAUUCCCCAUCUCUGUAUGCCAUUCCGUUAGUGAAUGGCAAUACAUUUCAAGGUUCCGACUAUUUAAUACAGAAUGUACGAGGAGAUUACGCUUUAUGUCGUACUUACAAGAGUGUGACUGCCUGCCAGUCACUGGCCAAUAUGUGUGUGCUGUUUUGGUACCGAGGGAUGGACACUGCUGCAGCGACCAAUCCUACCCCCUGUUCUUUGUUUCAACAGAUUAGCGGACCGGAUUUCGUAUCCCUAAAACCGCCAAUAAUUGUCACCGUGGAUGCUGACAAUGAAAUCGUCAACGAUGAACUGAAAACACAGUGGACUGUUGACCCCAUAAUGAGAUUUCCCUUCCGUGUCGGACAGUUCUCACUGGAGGGAGAGUUUGAAGGCUACAAGGACAUCACCGGAGGACUUCUGCAGCUCUGCAAAGCUGAAGACAAUGUACUGGAUGCUGCCUACAAUUUCGGCACCUACUACAGCCAGUCUUGUUCUAUCUCUGCCACCUCAUUGCGGGAUCCAGCCAAAUACCCUCUCAAAUUUUUUGAAGUUUACCUGGAAUACACAGGUGCUAGCGGCAGUAAAAACAUCUAUAGGAUUCCAGUCAAGAUUCUCAAUUUUAUCGAUUCCAGAGGAACCAGAGUCAAUCAGCAAACCUUACGGGACUGGAAGCUGACACGCAGAUUUUUUCUAGUUGACAGUCUGUCAACAAGGUCUGGGUCUGAUAAAGAUGCUGCUUACGUCAGAUACGCCAAGAACAUCAAGCUGGUGGUUCAGCUGCAGGAGGGAUCGGCUGACGGACAUAUCAACAUCCCGUAUUUUGAGAUAGAGUAUGAUGAUGUGUCAAAGGAUUUGGCACUGAGCGGGACUAAAGUCCAAGUCUCCUUUAGCGUAUCCUAUUCUAUGAGUCAGAGCACAUAUGUCAGAAACUUCCAGAUUGCGACGGGCACUCUCAGCAGUCUGUCAGUUUUGUACGCAGGAUAUCGAACGUACGUCUGGAGCAAACGAGCUGGCCGUCUCACCAUUGAUUUCCCGACACUGAUCAAUUUCAUAUUCUACCUGUGUGGCGCCCUCUCUAAUUGUUUUUUCGUGAUUGUGUUUGGGGUGGCCUUCUAUUUUUUCAUAUUUUACAAGCGGCAGAAUAUUUAUUUCCUGGCACACCCUGAAGGACAGGCCUUCGAGGAGUGGUUGGCCUUGUUUGGUGCUGCAUUUGCUUUGAAAGCUCUGGCCCUUCUGCACAUGAUUGUGAUGCAGAGCUCAGCCGACAUUUUUCUCAUCGACUGGGAACGUCCAGCGGGUCAGUCUGAACUGAUAGGAGACUCAGAGAAACAGCCUGUCAAGAAAGUGGGUGGCUCUGUCUCCAUCUGGAGAACUUACUUUGUUGCCAAUGAAUGGAAUGAGAUACAGACAAAAAGAAAGAUCAACAGAGUGUUCCAGAUUUUUGCAGUGCUGUUUUUCCUGGUGGUUGUUGGUUUCGAGGACACAACAACGAAAGAUCCUGACGGAACGGUCAACAAGGGUCCAGAUGUUUACAUGAGUGCCCAGAGUCCAGUCUAUAGAAUGGCCUUGGCUUCUCUAGUGUAUUUGCUUGUUGCUGUUGUUCAAGCCAUCUUCUUUGUGUUUGUGUACGAACGAUUUAUUUCCGAUGACAUCCGAGAAUUUGUUGACCUCUGCUCGAUGAGCAAUGUCAGCGUAUUUAUCAUGGCUCAUGCAGAGUUUGGGUACUACAUCCAUGGCCGCUCAGUUCAUGGUCGUUCAGACGUCAAUUUGAAAGAGAUGUUUGAAAUGCUGAGUCGAGAAGAGAAAGAUCUAGUUGGCCAGAGGGGUUUGGUUCCCAACACGGAGCAGCAGACUUUCUCAAUGGCCUUGCCGAAACGAUUGCGCCAGAAGUAUGAAACAGUGUACAUGCCUGUCCAGUUGGAGACUGCCUCAGCUGCCAGUCGGGGAGGACCUGGCAGGGGUCGAGAGAAGAGCAUCGAGGCUUAUGGGAUUCUCAACAAAUUCUUGUGUGCAUUCAUUGAUCAUUCCUUGAGGGAUAUUGAUUACGUUGUGAAGGAGAGGAGUUUCAUAGAAAAGAUCUUGGACACCGAGUUCUUGGAGCUAACAGAUAAAGGAAUCUUCUAUAACGAUAACGGCCACUCAUUUGACAACGUGCUCUUCUAUGGCAACGAAUUUAUGCUGAUCAUCUUUGACACGUUGCUUUUUUGCAUCGUUGAUUUAAUAUUCAUGGAUUACGUCCUGGCCGGUGUUGUCACCUACAUCAUUACGCAGGUGAUAUGUUGGAUCCGUGAUAUGACGGGCAGGAAGAACCUGGUCAAGAAGACUCUUGUAGAUGAAAGAUUUUUGAUAUAA